CUAUGCUUUUUACACUCAAUUCAUCAGCAUUCAAAUCAAUACACUACAAUUCUCUCUGGUGUACUUGCAAAUUAAGAGUUAGUAGCUAACUAGUUAAGAUGGCAAUGCUAAAGGUUGCAUGUGUGGUCCUUGUGUGCAUGGUGGUGGUAGCACUUGCACCACCGCUUGCGGAAGCAGCUGUGACAUGCGGUACGGUGCAGAGCGCAGUGGCCCCGUGCAUCGGCUACCUGAGGAACGGUGGUGUCGUUCCGGCGAAUUGCUGCAACGGUAUCAGAUCCCUCAACAACGCGGCUAAGACCACACCUGAUCGCCAGACCGCUUGCAGGUGCUUGCAGUCUGCUUCUGGUAAAAUUACAGGCCUCAAACCUGCUUUAGCUUCUGGCCUCCCCGGAAAAUGUGGUGUCAGCGUUCCUUACAAGAUCAGUCCCUCCACUGACUGCUCCAAGGUCAAGUGAGCUUGACGAGAGGAUAAAUUUAAAGCUGAGGACGAUAUAGUAGCAUGAGAAUAAGAUCAGUGUUGAUUCCAGCAGGGGUCCCACUUGAGAGUUGAGAGUCUUUGUUAAUUACCAGCUUCUUCCGUGUCUGUCUUAUAGACAUAAUAUAUAUAUUUUUAUAAAUGUAUCAUUAAGCUAGUUGUUGCAUGUAAUAAAAGAAAUAUCUAUGCUAUUCCAGUAUUACCAUUAGAUUGCA